AUGUCGUCCAUCUCAGUGCGGACGACGGACUACCCGGCUAUCAAGAAUUCACCUCUGGUCGGCCUUGCUGAGGGAAAUGGCUCAUUCAGCAAUAUUCACCUCGCUGCGCUCGUCCUCGGCGUUCCAUGGCUAUUGAAACGCAUGCUCCCGCUCGUCAACCGCGGAGGAUUCAAGACGUACCUCUUCUUGGUCAUUCUCACAGGCGUACCUGUUGCUAUUGGCUAUUGGACUCUGAUGAGCAUGUACGGGAAGCGCAAAAACGAGAAGGUCCUCUUGCCUAACAGAAACAUCUCGGAGUACAUCACGAUAAAGGACCCGGAGCUCAAGCAAAGGUAUUUCGGCAAGAACAAGAUCCCGAUGCAAGAGUUCUACGACGCGUACUUUGAGCAGAAGAUUGACUUUAAUGGCGACGUGCUCGACAUCAUGGAACAACGUCACGACUGGGCGAAGUUUGUCAUGACCCCCAAGCUAUUCAGACAAGUCCUCUUCGAGCUUAUCCCGGACGUCAUCUUCCACACGAGCCAGCAGGAUGAGGACCAGGUUCGCACGACUUACGAUCGUGGCGAUGACUUUUACGAAUGGUUCCUUGGCCCUCGCAUGAUCUACACCUCCGGUAUUGUCACCGACAUCACUCGCGAAGAGACCCUGGAGGAAUUGCAGGACAACAAACUCACCAUCGUCUGCGAGAAGCUUGACCUUAAGCCAACCGACCGCCUUCUUGAUAUCGGUUGUGGCUGGGGUACUCUUACCGCGUUCGCUGCUAAGAACUACGGCUGUAAGGCUACUGGUGUCACCAUCGCCCAGAACCAGGCUGCGUUCGGCAACGAUCGUAUCGCGAAGAAUGGAGCCGCCGACAGCGCUAAAAUCCUCUGCAUGGACUAUCGCGACAUCCCUAUGGAACCUGGUUAUUACUCUAAGAUAGUCUCGCUCGAGAUGGCUGAGCACGUCGGCAUCCGCCGCUAUCGGACUUUCCUCAGGCAGGUGUAUGACCUCCUAGACGAUGAUGGCAUCUUCCUUCUCCAAGUCGCUGGUCUCCGACCCCAUUGGCAAUACGAGGAUCUGAUCUGGGGCCUCUUCAUGAACAAGCACGUUUUCCCGGGAGCGGAUGCCAGUUGCUCGUUAGGCUGGGUUAUCACGCAAGUUGAGGCUGUUGGGUUCGAGGUCAAGAACAUCGACGUCCUCGGCGUGCACUACUCCGCGACCAUCUGGAGAUGGUACAAGAACUGGAUAGCGAACAAGGAGGCCAUCCUCGAGAAAUAUGGCGAAAAAUGGUUCCGCAUUUGGUCCUUCUUCCUUGCCUACUCCGUGAUCAUCGCCAGGCAAGGCGGUUCUUCCGUGUUCCAGAUCACGCUGCACAAGAACUUGAACGCCUACCACCGCAUCGAAGGUGUACCCACGCACGCGUCUAUUCACGUCAAGCCCAAGGUUACCAUCGAACCGGUGGUUUGAGGCGACGGUGGUUGACGAACUGCUCGUUCAGAGAGCAAGGGAGGUGCAUGUGAAUGGGAAAAAAAUACACUAGAUCUUGGAUGCGUAAUGGGUUGUACAUGGUUCAGAUUCACUCUGGAACAGAACUGCACGAUUACUUGGGCCACUUGUAGCGCCGGACGCCUGCAAAUCUAGACAACGUUUGCGUUCAAUCCUUCACCUUC